AGUUGGAAGCGCGCGCGGGGGGGACACGCGUGCGCGCACGCGGGCCUGGCCGCGAACAACCGCGGCCGCCGUGGUCGCCUCCCUCAGCCGCUUUUACGGUCGCUCCGGACGCCGUGUUCCCCGCUGCUGUCUCAGGGGGGAGCGGCCGGCUGGUGGGCCCGCAUCCUGUCGGUGGAGUCGGGGACUGGCGCCGUCGCGGCCUCUGGUGCUUGGGCCGCCCUGAGGAGCCGGGGCCGGGCGGGGCGGGCUGACGGCCCCGGGUCGCUGAGGCCGCUGGAGAAGGAGGCGGCGGCCGAGCGGAGGAGCCCGUCCGGCAGUCUCCGGGAGCCGGGAGGAGGCCGAGGGGACCAUGUCCGGGAAGCGCUACCACUUCUCCACUACCGAACGCGCCAUCAAAGCUGUCCCCUUUCCUCCAAGCCAACGGCUUACUUUGAAGCAAGUAUUUGAGAAUGGGAAACCUAAAACUGAUGUUUUGAAAAACCAUUUGGUAAAGGAAGGACGGGUGGAGGAGGAAGUAGCCUUAAAAAUAAUCAAUGAUGGGGCUGCCAUCCUGAGACAAGAGAAGACAAUGAUAGAAGUGGAUGCUCCAAUCACAGUGUGUGGUGACAUUCAUGGACAAUUCUUUGACCUGAUGAAGUUGUUUGAAGUUGGAGGAUCACCUAGUAAUACACGCUACCUCUUUCUGGGUGACUAUGUGGACAGAGGCUAUUUCAGUAUAGAGGAAUAUCUGCUGUUUAACUGGCAAAUUAAAAUUUUAGUUGACAUGAAGAAGGCAAAGGAUAGACCACGACUAAAUGAUAAAGUAUUUGUUUUACUUUGGGGGAAGAUGUGGCUCUUGUUGCAGGCAUUAUCUGGCUUCCACAAGCUGGAUGCUGUCUUGUUCCUGGACAGCUGUGACUCCAAAGGAGGAUUGUGUGUGCUGUAUUUAUGGAGUUUAAAGAUUAAUCAUCCCAAAACAUUGUUUCUGCUUCGAGGAAAUCAUGAAUGCAGACAUCUUACAGACUAUUUCACCUUCAAACAGGAAUGUCGAAUCAAAUAUUCUGAACAGGUGUAUGAUGCGUGUAUGGAUACAUUUGACUGUCUUCCUCUUGCUGCCCUCUUAAACCAGCAGUUUCUCUGUGUUCAUGGAGGAAUGUCACCUGAAAUUACUUCUUUAGAUGACAUUAGGAAAUUAGACAGGUUUACUGAACCUCCCGCCUUUGGGCCAGUGUGUGACUUGCUUUGGUCUGAUCCCUCAGAGGAUUAUGGCAAUGAAAAGACCUUAGAGCACUAUACCCACAACACUGUCCGAGGAUGCUCUUAUUUUUACAGUUACCCUGCAGUUUGUGAAUUUUUGCAGAACAAUAAUUUAUUAUCAAUAAUCAGAGCCCACGAAGCCCAGGAUGCUGGGUAUCGAAUGUACAGGAAGAGCCAAAUAACAGGCUUUCCAUCACUUAUUACAAUUUUCUCUGCCCCCAAUUACCUAGAUGUCUAUAACAAUAAAGCUGCUGUGCUGAAAUAUGAAAAUAAUGUCAUGAAUAUAAGGCAGUUUAACUGUUCCCCACACCCCUACUGGCUUCCCAACUUUAUGGAUGUUUUUACAUGGUCUUUGCCCUUUGUUGGAGAAAAAGUCACAGAGAUGCUGGUUAACAUUCUCAACAUAUGCUCUGAUGAUGAACUGAUUUCAGAUGAUGAAGCAGAAGAUCACUACAUUUCAAGCUAUCAGAAAGGAAGCACUACAGUUCGUAAGGAGAUCAUCAAGAAUAAAAUCAGAGCCAUUGGGAAGAUGGCACGGGUCUUCUCAAUUCUUCGGGAAGAGAGCGAGAGUGUGCUGACUCUCAAGGGCCUGACUCCUACAGGUACACUCCCUCUUGGUGUCCUCUCAGGAGGAAAGCAGACUAUUGAGACGGCCACAGUAGAAGCAGUAGAGGCCCGGGAAGCCAUCAGAGGGUUUUCGCUUCAGCACAAGAUCCGGAGUUUUGAAGAAGCCCGAGGUCUGGACCGAAUUAAUGAGCGCAUGCCACCCCGAAAAGAUGGCAUACACCCUGAUGGGCCAGUGAAAUCGGUAACCCCUGUACAUACAAAUGCUACGCACAGGAGUGACCAGGGGAAGAAAGCCCAGUAAUGACUCAAGGUCCUGCUGUGACCCAGGCGGAUCUAAAACUUAGAACAAAUUUUAUUUAUUUAUUACUGGAAAAUGAAACAAAAACAACUCAAACAACUUAAACCUGGAGGUGCAUUCAUAAUUCAGUCUGCAUUUAUUCUGUAAGAAAGGUGACCAUUUUAUAAAUUCUUUUAAUUAUGUUCAGUAUAUGUGUAUACAAAUUGCAUCUGUUUUGUUUUUCCCUUUUUCCCCAUAAUUUUUAGGAACUCAUCUGAUUGUUGUCAAUACACAUGUGAACUCUUGUGCUAUAAAGGGGAAGUUCCCCUAAUAAAAGGGCCUUGGAAACCUCAA